AUGGUGGUAAAGGUACGAGAAGACGCGCGAGCAAGAAGCGGUGCUUGUUGCCGGCAAACUCCGACGCGGCGCCGCGGCCCCAGCGUCGUCAGCGGCCUCUCGAGAUCCAACGACCACCUCUCCACCAACCAACUAAAUAUGUCCGAACCCUACGACCCCUACGUCCCGCGCGCCGGCAGCGCCGGACCCGCACAAGGCGGCGGCCCGAGCAAGACUGCGCACAUCCAAGCCCAGAUCGACGACACUGUCAACAUCAUGCGUGACAACAUCACCAAAGUUACCGAGCGCCAGGAGCGGCUCGAUAGCUUACAAGACAAGACCGACAAUCUGGCCGUUAGCGCGCAGGGCUUCAGGAGGAAUGCGAACCGCGUUAGGAAGAACAUGUGGUGGAAAGACAUGAAGAUGAGGAUCAUCAUCGGUGUGACCAUCGCGGUCAUCAUCAUUAUCAUCGUCGUCGCCAUCGUCAAGGGCACCGGCCACUAG